AUGCCUGGGUCAGAGAAAAAUGCGCUGGAGCGCGAGCUUCGGGUGUUACAAAGGGCUAGGACCGUUGCCCUGCUAAAUCGCGAGAGCACGGUCAAUCGUAUGAAGGCGAUAGCCGACGUAGCGUCUCAAGUAAAAGAUAAGCCAGAUUUAAAACCCAAAUUGUUAACGGCAGCGAGUGAUUUAGACUUUCUUUGGGAUACAUUUGUACAACAUAAUGAGGCCGUUCUGAACGCUUUGCUGGAUUUAGAAUUAGCUUCAGAAUAUUCUACGACGUUGGAGACAGAAAUCCGUGCGUUGUACAUUGAUGCCCGCGCUAUAGUCGAAGAAUUUUCGCCUCUACCCAGUAACCAGGGGAAUGGUAGUUUGUCGGGAUCACGCCAUUCAGUCCAGUCAGGUCGCACCUCCCGACGCUCUCGGCUUCCAGAGAUACCGCUGCCGUCGUUCAGUGGCGAUGUGUGUGGUUGGCCGGCGUUCCGUGAUCGCUUUACUGAUUUAGUCGUGCUGGAUGAAGAAUUAACAGACAGCGACCGUUUCUACUACUUGCUCGGCUGCCUUAGUGGCGACGCGCUAAGUGCUAUUAGUUCUAUUUCGGUAUCCAAUGGUACAUACGAACUCGCUUGGGCUACGCUGGCCGAGCGGUUUGAUAAGCCUAGGCAGCUGGCUUCCCUGAUUAUCGACAAGUUAAUGUCAGCUCCAAUACAGCCUCAGGAGUCCCUGGGCGGGUUGAAGGAGUUCCUUGCGUUAUUUUCCGAUCAAGUUGCGAUGUUACACACGUUGCGUAUUCCAAACCUUGGUGAAUUCGUAUUGUUUUCUUUAGCUUCUCGGUGUUUGCCAUAUUCCACUAGGAAGGGUUUCGAAGCAGCCAACAAACACAACUUUCCAUCUAUUCUGGAUAUGGUUGGCUACGUCAAAGAUCGUGUGACCCUUUUAGAGGCCGUGAACUUCUCGAAAGGCUCUGGGGUGUCCCCGUCAGCUCCGUACCAUAUUAAGUCCACGUCGUCAACCCAUGUUGGCAGGAAGCCAAAGGUGGCGAUGAUAACCACAAAACCAACGGGUACUGCUCCGUCAAAGUGUUUGUUUUGUUCGGGAGAUCACGUCACUACGUCGUGCAACGCGUUUGCCCAAAUGUCAGUGAGUGAUCGCGUGUCAGCUGCACGUGAUAAACGACUGUGCUUCCGUUGUCUCAACUCCACCCACUGGUCGACAAAAUGCAGAGUAUCCAAGCCAUGUGCCCGUUGCCAUGGUCGCCACCAUACUCUACUCCAUAAGGACAUCGAUACGGACUCACAACCCAUCCCCUCGACAAGUGCCUGCCACGUUAGCUCAUCGAAACAUCCUACUAUAUUGCUGGGGACCGCUGUGGUUCACGUGCGUGACCGGUAUGGGUGCAUGCAGCCGGUACGCGCCUUAAUCGACUCAGGAUCGCAGAUAAGUAUCAUGUCGGUUCCCUGUGUCGAACGGUUGGGGUUGACGCGUAAUAAGUGGACUGCUCCGUUGACGGGCGUGUCCGGGGUCGCGGUUCUACAAGUCAAAGGUAGGGUUGACUGUCUUAUUACGCCUAGGUACAAUGAUGAGCACCCCAUAGAGCUAAAGGCGUGGGUUUUACCUAGAAUAACAACUGAAAUGCCUUCGCAACGGCUGCCGCCAGAAAUGGUGAAGAAGUUUUGCCACUUGGCCUUGGCCGACCCGCGGUUUGAUAAUCCGGCUCCAGUUGAGUUAUUGUUAGGAGCUGACGUAUUCUCCCAAGUUAUGGAUGGGAAACGCGUCUUACUGGACCCCUCCUUACCUGCGGCGUAUGGGUCAAUAUUCGGAUGGAUCGUUAUUGGUCCCGUUUCCACGACAGAACCUGAUACUUAUCAGUCUCAUUCUGUUGUCACCCUUGCUGUGUCACUUGAGGACAUGGUUCAGCGAUUUUGGCAAGUGGAAGAACCUGAUACAGCCCCGGCUACAUUCCAUGAUGAGGGUCAAUGUGAAGCUGUCUAUAGCGCUGAGCGGUAUCGUGACCUUAAUGGACGAUUUGUGGUGCCCAUGCCGUUCAGGCCCGGUCAUCGUGAUGAAUCAUUCCCGGGGUCCCGCCAAAUCGCCAUACGUCGUUUCCAGAACCUGGAACGGAAGCUCCAGGCCGAUGAAGUGCUCUACGCUGCAUACAGGGAGUUCAUGUCAGAAUAUGAGUCGUUGGGACACAUGAAUAUUGCGGCUGAUGCCGGGACGUACUUCAUACCCCACCACCCGGUCUUCAAUGCGGCUAACAAGAUACGAGUGGUAUUUGACGCCUCAGCCAAGGCCAAUUCGCAACUGUCUCUAAACCAAUGCUUACACACUGGGCCGAAAUUGCAGUUGGAUAUCCUGGACAUCUUGACCCGUUUUCGCCUUCAUAAGUUUGUUUUCACCGCCGACGUGUGUAAAAUGUACCGGCAAAUCCUCAUACGCCCGGAAUAUAGGCGCUUCCAACACAUAUUCUGGCGGUUUUCACCUGUAGAGGAGCUAAAAGAAUAUGAGCUAAACACCGUCACGUACGGAGUUAAUUGCGCCCCCUUCCUGGCAUUGCGCGUACUGAAGGACAUCGCUGAUAAUGAGUGCCAGGACUUUCCGGAGGUCCGGGACGGGCUGAGAUACCAGACAUACGUUGACGACAUUUGUCUCGGAGCCGACACCGAGGAGCUCCUAUCGAAGGUACAGUCCGAGUUGAUAGCCGUGCUGGGGCGCUCUGCACUUGAACUGAAAAAGUGGUCGAGCAAUUCACCCCGCGUAAUGUCAGAGAUUGCGGAAGCUGAUCGCAUUUCCGACGUCAUCAACUUCGAUGAGAAAGAAGGAUGUAUGAUCAAGGUGUUAGGUUUGCGCUGGCAUCCGACCAAGGACGUUUUUGGUUUUGAUGUCCAUCCGUUAACAACAGUUGUCACCAAACGAUCCGUGUUAUCUAUUAUCGCCAGGAUCUUUGACCCGAUUGGAUUCCUUGCUCCUGUGAUUUUUCAUGCAAAACAUAUUAUGCAGUUAAUUUGGAAGUCUGAACUGGGAUGGGAUGACCCUUUACCACAUGACCUAGGUGUUACCUGGAAGCUGUUGCUCAACGACCUUCCAGUGUUGUCCAAAAUCGAGAUCCCGCGUUUUCUAUUGACAACCACCAGGUCCAACGUGCAUUUAUGUGGAUUUUGUGACGCGUCGGAACAAGGAUAUGCCGCGGUAGCAUAUUUGCGAGUAACGUCAUCUUCAGGACUGGUCACCGUACAUCUCCUUGGUUCCAAAACCAAAAUGUCCCCCAUGAAGACUAGCACGAUCCCAAGAUUGGAAUUAUGUGCGGCCGUGCUUCUGGCCCGUUGGCUGGCUCGCCUCCUAACAGUUUUUGGGGACCGACUCCGCUUCGACGGUAUCUUUGCAUGGUCGGAUUCUCAGAUAGUGCUAUCAUGGCUAGUUAACCCUCAUACGUGUUUCAAAGUGUUUGUCUCGAACCGAGUGCAUUUAGCCCGUCAGUUGGUACCAACCUGCCAGUGGGGUUACGUCCGGUCGGCUGAGAAUCCGGCAGAUUGUGCAUCCAGAGGGUUGAUGCCCUCAGACUUGGUUAAUCAUGUAUUAUACUGGUCGGGUCCUGCUUUCCUCAAGGGCAUUGUUGAAGCUUGGGACAUGUCGGUCGCAGCGGUGCCUAUGGAGCAGCUACCGGAAAUCAAAGUCAUUUCGCUGUCUGUCCAAAUCGAGCCUGAGGUAGAGUGGUUUAGUCGUUUUUCUUCAUACCACAACAUGGUCAGAGUUGUGGCCUGGUUGAUUCGCGUCGCAGGCCGAGCCCGGAAACAGAAAUACACUUCAGAGUAUUUGACUCGCGAGGAACUUGACGACUCACUCACUGUCUUAGUUAAACAGUCUCAAGUCCGUUGGUUGUCCAAACUCCACGAGGAUCUAGCGCGCGGCCGCCCUGCACAACGGUCAUUGGCUGGUCUGCGGCCCUUCGUCGACGCACGAGGUGUUAUCCGUGUCGGAGGUCGUCUGACGCGUUCUAAUCUAACCAGUGCCGAAAAACAGCCUAUUCUGUUGGCUAAGGACUCUCACUUAUCAACACUUCUUGCUCGCCAUUGGCACCUGGUCACAUGUCACUCCGGACCUCGAGUAAUUACGUCAUUGAUCACAAGACAAUUUUGGAUAAUAUCGGUGAGGGCGGUGAUCCGUCGUGUCAUUGGUCAAUGUACGAUCUGCGUGAGAACUCUCGCCCAAAGUCCCCACCCAAUGAUGGCAGACUUACCAAGCUCCCGUGUCCAGAUGUGUCGUCCAUUCACUCGCGUGGGCAUUGAUUACGCAGGGCCACUGUCCAUGCGUGAGUGUCGUUUACGUAAGGCCCGACAAUAUAAAAUUUACGUGGCAGUGUUCGUGUGUAUGGCAACUAAAGCCGUUCAUCUGGAAGUCGUGUCCGAGCUGUCCACUAAUGCGUUCCUGGCAGCUUUCGAUCGAUUUGCCGCACGUCGGGGCCUCCCUACUGACAUAUUCUCCGACUGUGGCACGAAUUUCGUGGGAGCAGCAAAGUACCUCCGCACCUUGGUUAAUGAUCCGACUAUCCGACACGCAUUAACCUCCCAUACUCCUUGCGUAUGGCAUUUUAACCCACCGAGUGCACCGCAUUUCGGUGGCCUGUGGGAGGCUGCGGUACGGUCAUUCAAAACCCUUUUGAUACGAGUCAUUGGUGUCCAUAAUUUUAGCUGGGAGGAGAUGACCACUGUACUCUGCCGCAUCGAGGCCGUAUUGAACUCUCGGCCGUUAACCCCGAUGUCAUCAUCUCCGAUGGACGUCGACUAUUUGACACCGGGACAUUUCCUGAUUGGUCAACCGCUGUUGGCGGUUCCAGACAUGCCAGUACCCGAAAGCUGUGCUAGGGUAAUAAACAGAUGGAAACUAUUGCACCAGUGCCACCAGUCUUUUUGGCGCAGGUGGUCGACUGAGUAUUUGAGUUCCCUUCAAGUCCGAUCCAAGUGGACAAAUGAUGUGCCCAAUUUAAAAUGUGGUGAUAUGGUGGUAGUAAAGGAUCCAAAUCCACCCAUGACCUGGCGUUUGGGCCGCAUUAUAGAUGUGACGCCUGGUAACGACGGUGUAGUACGAGUAGUAAAACUGAACACCGCGUUGGGGGAGCUCACUAGGCCGGUAGUCAAAUUAGUAAAGUUACCUAUGGAACAGUAG